CAGUGGCUUAGGCUGUUCUGAUUGGUCAGGCUGAGUCACAUGGCCACUCCUUCUUGGCCCUGACCUUCUUUCCACCUGCCUGUCCCCUCUUGCUUCAGCGCUUCCAAGCCAUGGAGGAGACGCACCUGAGGCACAUGAAGGCACUGCUGGGCUCCUAUGCUCACUCGGUGGAGGACACGCAUGUGCAGAUCGGGCAGGUGCAUGAGGAAUUUAAGCAGAACAUUGAGAACGUCAGCGUGGAGAUGCUACUCAGGAAGUUUGCAGAGAGUAAGGGCACAGGCCGGGAGAAGCCAGGUGAGUCAGGGCAGCCAUCGGGGAUUGCGAUGUGGGGCUGUGGGUGACGGGCAGGACUCCAGAGGCAGGAGACUGAACCUCCCCUCCCUGGGCAUUGGUUUCUUCAUGGGAAAAAUGGGUGCUGAGGAGUCCAGCUCUUCAGCCUGAUCUUACCUAUAAAUUUCUUUGAACCAGAUCCCAGAGGAGCCUUGAACGCCAGGCUCAGCUGAUCUGACUUCACCCCCCAGGACCUAAGGGAGCCAUUGAGGGUUGUGGAGCAAAAGAACAAUUUGCAAAUGCUCAGAUGCAGUACUGGGGAGGAGUUAAGAGCAAAAGUUGGGCCGGGCGCGGUGGCGCACGCCUAGAAUCCCAGCACUUUGGGAGACUAAGGCAGACAGCUCACGAGG